AUGGUCAACCACGGGAGAUCCAAUGGCUGUAUGACAUGCAAGCAACGCCGCGUCAAAUGCGACCAGGCAAUACCAAAAUGCCAGGCCUGCCAGCGCCUCGGGCUUCACUGUGGUGGCUACAAGACGAAAUACGCAGCCCUCAAAUUCCGCGACCAAACUCACAAGUUCUUCACAAAUAACAGAGACAAAAACCGAGGGACUGUCUCUAUCAUCCGACCGCCGACCGAACCCGACACUGCCGUGCCAUUCUUCUUCCAACACUACGCAGGCAUCGGCCGUUCCAUGGGAUCCGCGCGUGGUUUCUUCGAGGUGCUGAUUCCGAUCUACCUCUCGCAGCCGCAGGACUCAGCGCUGUCGCUGGCUGUAUCGGCCGUAGCCUCGAAGGUCCUGGCUUUGUGGCGACACGAUGUCAGGAGUUUCCGAUCGGAGAGCUACACCCAAGCCGUCAAGUGUCUUCGGCGGACCAUCGCCGAUCGCAACGAAUGGGGGAAGCCAGAAACAGUUCUCGCCGUGCUGGCGCUGCAGCUGUAUGAGAAUAUCGCUGCUAUCUAUGGGCUUCGCACAGCCACGCGAGUCCACCACGACGGCGCAAUGUCGCUGCUCCCGUUUGUAAGCUCGCAUUCGCACAAUAUCACUGGAGCCGGUGUAUAUCCUCGGAGGUUUAUUCUCCAUACCGAGAUUUCCUCGGCAAUGCGCCAGGAGAGACCGUUGCAGAGCGCGGCGUACGCAUGGGCUGGCGGACACGGUCUGAACUCGAUACCUGUGCCAGAGAACCCGAGUUCGGCACUCGAUGCCAUCGGUGCGUCUGUUGCUGAGUUGCAGGCUACAUAUCUGCAGCUAACGCAAUGUGGUGCCAUUCCUUCGUCACAGCGAGACCUUGUGCUGGCGGAGUGCGCGGCCGAAGCAAAGCGCAUCGAUGAACAACUACUGGCCUGGGCACAAAGCGUGCCAGAUCAUUGGUAUCCCCUGAGACUGGCCAGUGGACGAGACACCGACCCGUCGAUUCCCACCUAUCAAGCUGUCUGCGAAGUCUAUCCCCACUGCCAGAUCGCAAACAUCUGGAAUCUAUGGCGCAUCCAGCGCCUCUUACUCGUCAAGAUCUCCCUCAGCUCAGCUAGUACGAACUCGAGAGAGCAGCUCGAACACAAACACACACUCCAAGAGCUCGUUGACUCCAUCUGCUACAGCGUGCCCUUCUAUCUCGGCAACCGAACCAAGCCAUCAAGUAUUCCCGACUUCACAGAUCCAGCGAUCGUGUUCCCUAGCGACAACCUGACACCGGCUGAUAAAAGCUCAAACACGCAAAGUAACAUCCCUCAUUCAUUAGACGAGCAUAAACGGCAUCUCAUUGCCCAAGGCCCGUGGCACCUCAUGAGCCCGCUGAGUCGCUUACUGACGCUCUUCUCGGAGUGCCAUGGGCAGCGGAUGGUGACGUUUCUCAGACCCGGGCAGUAUGAGUGGAUCUGCGAGCAGUUCCUACGUGUUACUACGCUGCUUCAUAUUCCACAGGCGGAUAUGGAGACUGGAGAUGAAAGAAACUGCACACUUUUAGCCUCCUCGCCGGCGAGUGGGUAUGUAAAUAGCAGGGUUGAGGAUCUUGCGAAGAAGGUCAGAAAGGGUGCGAUCUUCAUGAGUGGGCCUUGA